AUGGAGUUUUUGGGUCGCCUGGACGCGGCCGUGAGGAGAGUCUGGAUCGUCCUCGCCAUGCGACUCGGAAUCCGGAAAACUGGUAAAUCCACUUCCCCCCAGGUUUUCAGAAAGGAAUGAGGUGGUAGGAAUCGGAAGAACAGGUCACUGGACACCUUCCUCAACCUCCUUCCACAGCUCUUUACUACCUUAUUCGCAACUUCUUUCGUCUCAGAUAAACUGAACCUGAAACCCGGCCCUCGCGCAGGGCUUAUGAAGCUGAGGAACGAGAUCAGGACCUGCGAGUACGAGGACAUCCGCGUGAUGUGGGAGCUGCUCAGGAUGAAGGGAGACGGGGUCGGUCAGUACUCGCAGCUGACGCCGUCGCCGUCGAGGAGUUCGCGGCAGCUAUGGUCCGUCUUCAGAUGGGCGGCCCAGGCUCCCCGUCGCUUGUGCAGCAGCUUCUGA